AUGGCCGCGCUUCUCCUCAUCGGCAUGCUGAUGGCCCCGGGCGCGGGGAGCCACCCUCUGGACACCCCGCACCGUCCGCACGAGCUGCCUCCGGGACUCUCAAAAAACCUCAAUGCCACCUUCUUCAAUGGGAUGUUCAAAAAUGUGGAGAGUGCGACCGAAAUUUUUGACUGCCUGGGCUCCCACUUCACCUGGCUGCAGGCCGUCUUCACCAGCUUCCCCGCGCUGCUGCAGUUCGUGGGUGGCCUGCGGUGCGUGGCUGGCCUCUGCCCCCGGGACCUGGAGGACUAUGGCUGCGCCUGCCGGUUCGAGAUGGAAGGGCUGCCCGUGGACGAGUCGGACAGCUGCUGCUUCCAGCACCGCCGGUGCCACGAGGAGGCGGCUGAGAUGGACUGUAUCCAGGACUCCACCAGGGUGAGCACAGAUGUCAACUGCGCCAGCAAGAAGAUCACGUGUGAGUCCAGGGACCCUUGCGAGCACCUGCUGUGCACCUGCGACAAGGCUGCCAUCGAGUGCCUGGCCCAGGCCACCAUCAACUCCUCCCUGAACCUGCUGGACCCCGCCUUCUGCCUGGCGCCAUCUACAGCCCGCAGGCAGGAGCUAACGGCCCUCCUGCCCAGAGUGGAACCUGUGGAGCCCACAGACGCCAGCCUGGUGGCCCUCUCAGGAGAAGUGUCUGCUGAUACCAGAGCUGACCAGUUGACCACGCCCCCCAGGACGAAACCACUCCAAGACCAGGAAGGCACCGAAGCUGUGAGGACCACAACCCCUCCAGGAUCCGCAGAGAUUGCUGCCACAGCUGGAGGUGUGACCGUGGUUCCCGCCGGCAUGAAAUCUCUGGGGCUGGCCGUGCCAUCCGUCGAAAGCGGUCCUGAGGGGACGACUGGGCCAGCCUGUGCCAGGUCCACCUUCCUGCGCCUGGGAGCCGGGGAGGACACACAGGUGAUGCCGCAGCUGGGGCAGAUGCUCUUCUGCCUGACAGCCCGGUGCCCCGAGGAGUUUGAAUCUUACGGCUGCUACUGUGGGCAAGAAGGGCGAGGCGAACCCAGGGACGCCCUGGACAGGUGCUGCUGGUCCCACCACUGCUGCCUGCAGCAGGUGGGGAGGCUGGGCUGCCGGCGCGGGAGGCUUCCUCGGCCGCCGGUGGUGUGCGCGGACGGUGCCCCCAAGUGUGUGGGCCAGAGCCUGUGCGAGAAGCUGCUCUGUGCCUGUGAGCAGACGGCGGCUGAGUGCAUGGCAUCGGCCUUCUUUAACCAGAGCCUCAAGUCGUCGGGCAGACAAGAGUGCCAGGGCCCCCAGCGCCCCUGCGAGGACGGCGGGCAAGGAGGGCUUUCGGCGUCCUCCGUGGGCUCCAGCUCCGAGGAGAACAGCGCGGAGGCCCUGCCCCCCACCGCACACCUGAGAACCAGGAGAUUUCUGGGGAGGUCACUUGGUCCCGUGGGGGCCAGGCCACAACCUGGCCCCAGAUAGAGCCCCGGAGAAAAUGCCAAGCACACCUGCUCCCAGGCGCCUUGGGGCCUGAGCCGCCUCUCGGUCCUCCUCUGAGCAGAGGCUGGGGACAGGACGGUGGUGCUCCCAGCUCCCCUGGGAAUGCCAUCUGCAGGAGGCAGCGCAGGUGCAGCUCCACUUCCUGCAGCACACGGCGGAGGUGCAAUAAAUAUCCAAUCAGUGCUUUUUCUCCCCUUGGUUUUGUGUGUUUUUUAGAAAUGUAGGUACUGGUGCAUGAAUAGAUUGCAAAGGUGAGACAAUGGGUGGUGGUGCGGGGGAGGGUCUAUUCCCUAAUCACUGGAAGCUAAUUUUCUUCUAUUAAAAAAGAAUAGAAGGGAGUGUAUGUAGUCAGCCAGUCUCAUGAGGUCACCUAGGAGUCAUCAAUAACUCACCGAAGAUGUACGCCAAGGGCUGAGAUGACAGCACUUUUGGUCCGUGCCCUAAAAACACACCUGCCAUCCGAGUUACUAGGAGAGGGGGCAUGUGUCUCCCCCGCCCCCACGAUGAAGAAUCACCACUCACCCCGUCUUGGUCCUGGACUUGUUUUCACAAAUGAGGGUUUAUCCCAGUGGCUAGAAGGCCGGGAAUGAAGCACUACUCUUGACACACGCAGAUUCUGUAAAAAACGGAACUAUACCCACCCACCUACUAGCUGAGAUUUAUUCUCUACCAGACUAAAGGCAUCCCAUCUUUAACCCUUUGCGGUCCAAUUUUAUUUUUGGAAUUCAAACAGUCUGGUCCAAAUUAACUGACAGGAUUGAAUGUUGAACCGGUUUGCAGUGUCG